CGUUUUUUCCGGAAACCGGGCAAUGAAGAAGCGGUUUCCCAGCGUUCUUUGUGGCCGAUCCUUCCCCCGUGCUUCCAAGCCUUGGUUUUGAACGGGGACAGAAGACCGGAGCCCAAGGAAGGGAAGGCCGGGCAUGGCGGUGUUUCUGGUGUUUCCAUCCCCCCUGCCUAAGCUUCAUGAUUUUCUCCGGAGGUUCUGGGGACCACUCCGUAGCCACAGCCCUCGGUGGGGUAGCACCCGCUUUGGCUGUAGAAGCUCCAGUUUCUUUGCUUGAGCCUAUGGCAGAGAAGACUGAAAGUGAUGAAGCUCCAAGCUUUUUAGAUGGCAUAUUUUGGAUGGCUGCCCCAAAGUCAAGGCGGACCAUUGAAGUGAAUCGAUGCAGACGAAGAAAUCCUAACAAACUUGAAAAGUUAAAGGGAAACAUAGAUGUCUGUCCUCAGUGUGGCAGCUUAAAACAGAAGCAUAUUCUUUGCGGCUAUUGUUAUGAAAAAGUUAAACAGGAGACUGCUGCCAUAAGGAAGGAAAUUACGAUAAUGGAAGGAGGACCUCAUAGGAGUCCCACAGUUGAGUCUGUUGUACUGUAUGAAGGGGAGAAACCCAGACUUAAAGAUGAAGGGAAGCGGAUCAUAGAAAGAAACCGGAAACGUCCAUCUUGGUUCACAUUGGACUGAGCAAGUAGCAUGGAGGAAUUGCUUGUUACAAAAUGUUUUUGAUAAAACACAUUGCAAUAAAAGUUAGGCUUCAUUGUAUUUUUAAUAUGCAGUAUAAGAUCAUUGCUGUACUUUAGAUAGUAAAAUAAGAUGGUAAGUGAAGAGUUAAAUCUAAUCACAGUACUUUUGGAAUAUACUUGGAUGGCUUAUGCAGCUACUGUAUGUCAACUGUUAAAGCUGUCUGAGCAUGUUGGCAUACUUUAGGAGCACAUUGUUUCUAUAUGUGUUAGGGUGGUGUUAUUCUGCAGUGAGACUUCUAAGGUCCUUUUUUAUUUAAUUAAAAAUGGAUUAUACAUUUGCCAACAAUAAUAAAGCAUAUUCAUUUCUAUAA